AUGAGCCACGUCAGGCCCAGCAAGCGUCGUGCAUCGAAAAAGGCCGCAAGCCCUUUUAGAAAUCCAAUGGCCGUCGUGGCCAACGCCGUCGUGGCCCGCUCGUUCGACGACAGCUCGGACGCAAAGGCCCGCCCCCGGAGCAAAAGCAUCUCGCAGACCGGCAGCGACCGCGAGAUUGCCCCCGGCCGUCGACGCGCUGCCACACGGCUGACCGAAGUCGCCGUGGCCGAGAGAGCGCCCGAUGUCUUCCAGUUCUUGGACCAAGACGACCCGGACGCCGCCGUGGUGGUGAAAGCACGCGGCGCGGCUGACCGACGGUAUACGGAGCCAGCAGCGAAGAAGCUCGCCGCCCAGCCGCAGGACCGCUCGCGGGACUCCAGUGGCUCAUACAGCUUCCGUUCGGACUCGGGCGUGUCUGUCAGAGACCCCAGUCCAGGGGCUGCGUCGUCCGCCGACGAAUAUCAACCGCCCACUCCACCGGACGUGCCCCUGAAAUGGGACCUCGCCGCGGCCCUGCGCGGGAAGAAGCCAGCUCGCAUGGCCGGCGCGUACACGACCGACACCGAGUCGCUGUUCGAGAACCAGGCCACGCCCGCUGCCUCGGUCUUCGACGUCGCCACUCCAGAGUCCUUCUACUAUGCCAAACACCUGCCCACCACGCCCACGCCGCACAAGAGACGACCCAGGCCCGACCUCCCCAGCGUCGAUACCGCCCGCGCCGUGGAGAGCGCCCGCCGCACUUCUCUCGCCAUGCUGUCGCCCCGGCGCGCGCCCGAGCAGCCGGCCGCGGAGCCGCGCCCACGCAUCUACCGCAAGUUCGACGCUCUGAACCACCGCCUGCUGCGGCAUCUCCAGGAGGAAAUCAUCCAGCUGGAAGAGGACCUGAGUACGCUGGACGAACUGGAGGCCGCCCACCAGGCGUCUCCCAACACACGUAACUCUCCGCGCCAGAAGAUGCUCGCGGCCAAGUACCACGAUCUCCAGAUCCAGGACUAUUCCGUUCUGCACUACAAGCGAACGGACCUGAUCGAGAAAGUGGCUGCGAAGACGGAGCAGUAUAACCGCGCCCUCUGCUCCUUCAACAAAGUCGUCCAAACCCUCCCCUCGCCCUCCGACGCCGACAUCGAAACCUACUCCAACGCCCUCACCACCUCCCCGUCGCCCGCCAGAGGCGACCGCCGCAUCCUCGACCACAAAUCCGACCUCGUACUCGUCGCGCCCUCGCGCCGGCCCGCCGCCGACGGCGACCCCGAUGCCGUCGCUGCCGCCCUCCUCCACCCCCAGAACCCCAUCUACUCCACCAUCGCCGCGAUCUGCGCCGCCAUCUUGUUCCCGCUUCUGGCGUUCGGCGCCAUCAGCGAGUUCUUCGGGCGCAUUGUGAUCGUGGCCAUUAUUGGGGGCAUGAUUGCCCUGUGGGCGUCGAAUGGCCCGCCCGGCCAUGAGUAUCUAAUCGACCCCCAUGACGGCUGGAAGUGUGCUGUGCUGUAUUUCGGCUUUAUGUCCAUUGCCGCGGCGAUUAUCUCAUGA